AGUCGCGCAGACUGAGUUAUGCUGAAAGUUGCAAAUGUUUGUUACAAUCCUGUUUGUGGCAAGUGAGUGAGUGAACGGGCUGGGACGAUCGCGAAGAUUUUCAAAGGAGAUGAAGACUAAGCAGGUUGGAAUCCGUCGAUCAGCUCGUAUUAGGAACAGGGAGCUCUGUUCCAUAGCUUCAAAUACCUCCAAUCAGGAUGUUAAAGAUGACAGCUCAGUGCAGAAAACAACCAAGCCAUUUGAAACACUGCCCAUAGUGGAUAAAGUGGAUUCCGGCACAAGUGACCAUCCCUCAAAAAAACAGAAAUGCGAAAGAGUAGAAGUGCAAACACAGGAGAAAACUGGUGCCACUGAGCAAGAUCUGGAAGAUUCUGCAAUCAUCCUUCCACACAAGCCAUCACAUAAAUCGACAGAGCAAACUGAGAAGCCACUUAUUCACGAGGACUGCACACAGGAUACCCCAGUAACACUGGAAAAUGAAGUACCGUCCACAACAACCAUAGAGUGGAGCAACACAGAGAAACAAAGAGAGCAUGCAGCUGUAGCUGAAGAACCGAUUACUAAUAAUGGCUCUUCAACAGAAAUAAUGACGAAGACAAUGGUGGAUGUGGUUGAUAAGGGCCUGUUGGAAAGCAAGGAAGACAUUGAAAAAACAGUGAAAAGUGAUAAUGAUGCCGAAAAGAGAAAUAUUAUGGAAAUUGAUCAACCACCUGGCACCUCAUUCAAAGUGGACAGCAGCAUUUUUCUGGAUGAGGACAGCAAUCAGCCAAUGCCUGUUGGCAAGUUCUUUGGAAAUGUAGAGAUAAUGCAAGAUCUUCCGCAGUCAGUACCACUCUUGGAUUCUGCCACCAGAAGAGAGUACAGGAGGAGGCAUUUCAUUGCCAAAGAUGAAGAAGAUGAAGAACUAGAGGACAAGGCAGUUAAUGAGACAGCAAGAGAGCCAAGAUCCGUGCCUCCUUCAGAAACUGAGGUGCCUGUGGGAACGGAAACAAAAGUAAAUUCUGUGCAGCAAAAUACACCGGACAUCGUGGAAAAGUGUUUGUGAUGGUCUGAGAUAGCGCAGAUGGAAACUAUUAACCAAUCAAUGGAAACCAAAGAUGUCUGAUGUCAUGCCUAAUAAUAGCCAAGUCUUAUUUUUGUGGCCUGGUUUAUUAUGGAAACCAGCUUUGGUAAUCGCUCAGCUAAUCUAUGAUCACACAACAUGAAUCUGUGGUAUUUAUAAUCAAACUUUUGGCUUAAAAUUAUUUCAGCUAUGCUCUGUGAUUUUAUGCUAUAUCUUACCUUUUAUGAUAUUCUUUUAUUUAAGUUUGCACUCAAAGCAAAAUAGCCCUGACAUUUAUAUCUAGAGCUUUUACUAGAGCAAUAAUCCAUAUCAAGGACUUUUGUGUCACACCAACUAUUUAAAGUUAGAAAUGGAAGUAAAUGUUGGAAUAGAUUUGGCAUUUGUGCAGAGCCUUUGCCAGUGUGAGUAUGAAUUGGUGGUUUGAGUGUUUUGCUACAGAGAAUCACAACUACAAAUUUAAAACUUAAGACACAGUCUUACAUUGGUUUUAUGGAUUUUGUACAUAUUCAUUUUCUAGAAUAAUUAUUGAUUUACUGUCAUAUUUUAAAUUGUGAUGUGGUUUGGAAAAUCCGCUCUUAUCCAAUUCCUUCGAGUGUACUAAAAAGACUUAUCCGUCCAUUCUUAUCGGAGACAGUUUUGCAUAUUUGAAAUAAUGUUUUCAUGGGAAUUAGUUUGAAGUUCUUACAUAUGAUUCUUUUUCUUCAGGUCAGUGAUAUGAUUUAUGAUACCUUUUGUAAAUUCAGGGAAAUGUAUGGUGCAGAGUGAAUGACGUGAAUUGCAAUUUUUAUUUGUUCAACAUCAAACAAUAAUUACGUUGUAUUGAAUCAAGGUGAUAAAUUACAGCAAAAGUAGCCAAACGAAUCUGUGACCAGCAGUCUUUGCUGUGUUCAAUACCUAAUAUAAAGAACAAAUUAAACACUUCAAUUUUU